UGCACUACUAGCUCCUGACCCUCAGGCUCCGGCUCUCGCUCCUCCUUUUCCCCUUUCCGGACGUGCUGGGACGCGAGGCAGGGCAGAGGCACAGCAUUUGAGACUCCGGUGUUUCCCUGGCGCCCUUCUCCCUCCACCCCGUUUGUUUAUCUCCUCGCCUCCCAGAUGUUCUUUUUCUUCAGUUUGUUGCUUCUUGCGUGGGAUAGGAUGGUAGCGCGGAAAGAGUACUCCACUUAGAUACAGGAGACAGGUCUCGGACCUUGGCCUUACCACUCCUAUGUUAAAGUCCCUAUGCCUCAGUUUCCCCACAGUAUUUUGCCCUGCCUAACCAGGGAUCACUAUGACACAAGAAAGGAAAGGGACAUUUGUUGAGUUCCUGCGUGACCAAGUACCAUACAAACUGCUCUGUCUGCCACAUUUAAUCCUCAUGACGUGGUACUCGUAGAAUUCCCAUUUCACAUGAGCUUCGCUGACUUGGUUUCACAUAGCCAAUGAGUGGCACAGAGGGAUUCAAGCAGAGCUUUUUUUUUUUUUCAAUCAGACAGCCUUGACUUCCGUUGUCUGGACUCUGCCUGGAGCUUCUUCAGCAAAACCCUGGCCCCGAAACAGCUGCUUCCUAUUUUUCCCACUGACAAUUCUCCUUUUAGAGAUCCUUUUGCCUGCACAGGGUGUUCUGCCCUGCUUCUGAAAAAUGAAACACGGCACACAUUUAUUGAGUGAUGCAGAGAGUGAGCUUGUGGAGUCAAGAGUCUUGGAUCAUUGUCUUGGCUCUGCCACUAACUGGCUGUGUGGCCCUGGGCAAGCCCUUUGUCAGCUCUGCACUUUAAUUCCCUUUUUAAUAAAAUAGAUGAGUGCAGCAGGCUCUUGUCCAGUUUUCCCUCUCUGUCCCUAGCAGGCUCUCCGUGGAGGCCCAAGACCCUCUGCUCCCCAUGGGCAGCUGCCAGGCAGGGCACAACCUGCAUCUCUGUCUGGCCCACCACCCACCCCUGGUCUGUGCCACUUUGAUUCUGCUGCUGCUUGGUCUCUCGGGCCUUGGUCUUGGCAGAUUCCUCCUCACCCACCAGACUGGUCUUCGCAGCCCUGACAUCCCUCAGGACUGGGUAUCCUUCUUGAGGUCUUUUGGCCAGCUGACCCUGUGCCCUACGAAUGACACACUCACAGUGAAGUGGCAUGGGCCUCAUGUCGUGGGCUUACUAACCACCUUGAACUUCGGAGAUGGUCCAGACAGGAACAAGACCCAGACAUUCCAAGCCCAGGUCCUGGGUAGUCAGAUGGGACUGAAAGGUUCUUUUGCAAGAGAGCUGGUCCUCAUUACAGCCAGGGUGACCUCAGGAAGGACUCCAGGAACCUGCCUGUAUUUUAGUGCUGCCCCAGGCAUCCUGCCCUCCAGCCAGCCACCCAUAUCCUGCCCAGAGGUGGGAGCAGGGAAUGCCACUCUGAGCCCUAGGAUGGCUGGCGAAUGUAUCCGGGUUUGGAGUCAUGAAGGCCUUGUGCUCACCAAACUACUCACCUUGGAGGAGCUGGCUCUGUGUGGCUCCAGGCUGUUGGUCUUGGGCUCCUUCCUGCUUCUCUUCUGUGGCCUUCUCUGUUGUGUCACUGCUAUGUGCUUCCACCCACGCCGGGAAUCCCACUGGUCUAGAACCCGGCUCUGAGGGCACUGGCCCAGUUCCCGCCUAGUUCUCAGGUCUGAAUCAACCUCUUGGGCCUUGGUUGUGAGUUGAAAGAGAUGUUACAAAAAGUGAAGAGCUGGAAUAUGGGGAAAAAUAAAAGGCUUUUUUGCCCAGUGU